AGCAGCGUCCCUCGACCCGGCGGAGGAUGAUGAAGUCCUCUUUACAUGCAGAAGAGGAUGAUUUUGUGCCUGAGCUUCAAAGAAGUAUUCAUCCCCGUGAAAGACCAGAUUGGGAAGAGACCCUCAAUGCAAUGGCAAGAGGAGCAGACAUCCCUGAGAUUUCUGGAGAGUUACCUUUGCGGACCUGUGGCAGCACAGCUAGCAUGAAAGUGAAGAAUGUGAAAAAGUUAUCCUUCACCAAAGGCCAUUUUCCAAAGAUGGCAGAAUGUGCACACUUCCACUAUGAAAAUGUGGACUUUGGCAAUAUACAGCUUUCACUCCCGGAGGAACAGAAUGAAGUAACAAGAAAUGGCUGUGAGUCCAAGGAACUUGUCUACCUAGUACAAAUCUCUUGUCAGGGCAAGAGCUGGAUUGUGAAGCGGAGUUAUGAAGAUUUUAGAGUGCUUGAUAAACAUCUUCACCUCUGUAUUUAUGAUCGACGCUUCUCUCAGCUCUCAGAGCUACCUCGUUCUGAUGCCCUGAAGGAUAAUCCAGAGCUUGUUACCCAGAUGCUGAUGGCUUACCUGUCCCGACUCUCAGCCAUUGCCGGCAACAAGAUAAAUUGCGGUCCUGCUCUCACAUGGAUGGAGAUUGAUAACAAGGGGAAUCGCCUCCUAGUUCAUGAGGAGUCAUCCAUUAAUGUUCCUGCUAUUGCAGCUGCUCACGUUAUUAAGAGAUACAUUGCCCAGGCAGCAGAUGAACUGUCCUUUGAGGUUGGAGAUAUUGUUUCUGUUAUUGAUAUGCCUCCAAAAGAAUUGACCACUUGGUGGAGGGGAAAACAUGGAUUUCAGGUGGGAUUCUUUCCUAGCGAAUGUGUUGAACUAAUUAAUGACAAAGUUCCUCAGUCGGUGACCAAUUCUGUACCAAAGCCAGUGUCCAAAAAACACGGCAAGCUUAUUACUUUCUUGCGAACAUUCAUGAAGUCUCGACCAACAAAGCAGAAACUGAAACAACGUGGGAUCUUAAAGGAGAGGGUGUUUGGCUGUGAUCUUGGAGAACAUCUUCUCAACUCUGGCCAUGAUGUUCCCCAGGUCCUCAAGAGUUGCACUGAAUUCAUUGAAAAACAUGGUAUUGUGGAUGGAAUAUACCGUCUUUCUGGGAUUGCAUCCAAUAUCCAAAAGUUACGACACGAAUUUGACUCCGAACAAAUCCCCGACUUGACAAAAGAUGUAUAUAUUCAGGAUAUACACUGUGUGGGUUCACUCUGCAAGCUCUAUUUUCGAGAGCUGCCCAAUCCUCUGCUCACCUAUCAGCUCUAUGAGAAGUUUUCAGAUGCUGUAUCUGCUGCUACUGAUGAAGAACGACUGGUAAAAAUCCAUGAUGUCAUCCAGCAGUUGCCACCACCACACUACAGGACCCUGGAGUUCCUUAUGAGGCAUUUGUCUCACCUGGCUGAAUAUUGUGCCAUCACAAACAUGCACACGAAGAACUUAGCCAUUGUUUGGGCACCAAACUUACUCAGAUCAAAGCAGAUAGAAUCUGCUUGCUUCAGUGGAACAGCAGCUUUUAUGGAAGUGCGAAUCCAAUCAGUGGUUGUGGAAUUCAUUCUCAAUCACGUGGAUGUCCUUUUCAGCUCCAAACUAAGUUCUGUUAUUCGAGAGAGUGCAGGUCACAGUUCCUUGUCACGGCCUAAAUCUUUGCUGGUGUCCUCCCCCUCCACAAAGCUGCUUACCUUAGAGGAGGCCCAGGCAAGGACUCAGGCUCAGAUAAAUUCUCCAGCCGUGGCAGACAGCAAGUACAUCGAAGUAGGAGAAGGACCUGCUGCUUUGCAGGGAAAGUUCCAUACCAUCAUAGACUUUCCAUCUGAAAGAAAGAGGCCUCCCAGUAAGAUGAAAAAAUCUCCUGUGGGCAGCUGGCGUUCCUUCUUUAACCUGGGAAAAUCAUCUUCUCUCUCCAAACGGAAGCUGCAGCGCAACCCAAGUGAGCCGUCAGAAAUGAAGGCAAUAGCUCUUGCAGGUGGACGAGGAGAUAGUGGAACCCUGCGCUCUGCCAAAAGUGAAGAAUCUCUUUCAUCUUUACAUGCUAUAGAUGGUGAAUCUAAACUGUUUCGACCCCGAAGACCAAGAUCAAGCAGUGAUGCUUUAUCAGCUUCUUUUAAUGGGGAAUUGUUGGGGAACAUGAACCGCUGCAAUUCUUAUGAUAAUUUACCCCAUGACCAAGAAAGUGAUGGAGAUGAGGGACAUCUACAGGUUCCUGCUCUCAUUUCUCCAAGGUCAGCAGAAGAUGUUGACCUGAGCCCGCCUGAAAUUGGGGUGGCUAGCUUGGACUUUGACCCUAUGUCUUUUCAGUGCAGCCCACCCAAAGCAGAAUCUGAGUGUCUUGACAGCAGCACUUCCCUGUUGGAGUCAGUGGACUAUAACAAGGACAAGCAAAGCAUCUUUAAGAAAGAGCUAGACUCGGGCAGCCAGUCUCAGACACCUGGGAGUGCCACAAGCUCAGAACCAGUUUCUCCUUAUCAAGAAAAAAACACAAGUCCCUUCUUCACUCUAGAUUUGAGCCCAGCUGAAGAGAAACCAUCAAAGCCCCAGUCUUUCUCUGAGAAGGUUGCCUGUGCCUAUUCCCCCAUGAUGGGACGAAAACCAGUCAAAUCUCCACCACUGACUAUAUCAGAACCCGUUUCUUUUGCUGUCCCCAGCCAAAUGCCAGAUGUGGUUACUGGAGGAGUGUCAGGAAUCGGUGGCCCUCUGGAUUGGACUAAAAAAAAUGUUAGCAGCAGUGAAGCUUCAAGCAUGUCCCUAUCCCAGCUCAUGGUAUCACCUCUGAAAAGCAAUGAAAGUAGGCAUGGUGAAGAUCACCAGCAACAACUCCAGAACACAGGAGAUACCAAGCAAGCAGAGCUUCAAGAAGAGAUGGAGCAACUUGUGCUCAGCAGCAGCCAGAGUAAGCCUGUACCUUCUGGACUGACACAGCCAGGAGCCGUUGCCCUUGACACCCCCCAGGAUUCUGUUCCAGUCAGUUCUGUCUCUGUUGUCCCUCCUCCACCUCCGAAAAAUGCUGCACGCAUUCUGGCUCUGGCCCUGGCUGAAUCUGCCCAACAAGCUUCAGUUCAGUCCCAGAAGAAACCAGAUUUUCAUUCAGACUGUACCAGCUGUGGGAAAACUGAGAGUGGAGGAACUGUAGAAAAGUUCCACCCAUAUCCUGGCACUGCUUCUGAAAGGCUUCAGUUCUAUGUUGCUCCGCCAGAGAACCAGCUCAGUUUUCAGAUUGUUGUACCUGGGGAUCAUCAAAGAAGUGGAUUGCCCAUAGAUCAGGGACCCCAAAGCAGUGGCAUGUCUGAGGACAACAACCAUCUACACAUUGGCACUUCUGAACAUCGUGAGCACUCCACUCUCUCUAAUAAUAUGCCAGAAGACCUUCAUGGUGGUACUAACAUGGGCUGGGACCACUCCCACUUCUAUCCAUGUACAGUGGGGGACACACACCCUCUUAUUCAAUCUUUUGCAUCAGAAGAUCAGAGUCAUCUUCAUUCCUGUACUGGAGGAUCUGUUCAGGCAGAGCCAUCUACAGCAGAGGUACCAGUAGAGAGUCCUCACCUUCAUGCUUGUGUCCCUUUGGAUAAGAACCAAAUCCAGGCCAACAAGCUUCAUUUUCCCAUCUGUAAAGUGGAUGACAGACUUCCAUUUCCUUCGGUAACUCCUGGGGAGAAAACUGUCCCUACUGAUCUGGCCUGCAUGAUAAAGAACCAGUCAGCAGCUACCAAACCUAAUCAUGGCAUAUCCAGGCAGAAUGUUCCUCCUCAGCCUUCCACAAUCACCAGCAACACCACAUGGGGGGAAGCAGCUCUUCUGGCCGCUCAGCAGGCUCUUGCAGGAAGCCACCAAGUUCCACCCAUGAGACCAGGAGACCAGCCAGCUGUGGGACAGACUCCUCCCACUAAAGUUUCAGGUGGCUUCAGUCAGGUACAAGGAGACGCAACUCCAGACAAAUUGCUGGAGCCUAGAACAGCUGAGCCUGCCCCCAUCUUGGGUACUGAGGCCAGUGCUACAAUUCAGUGCACUUCAGCCACCCCAGUGGCUCUGUUUCACCAGGGGCAUCUGGAGAAACCCCGAGAAAAUACCAGGGCUCCACCUUUACAGAUGAGGUCUGAAUCUGUCCCAGUUCAAUCUUCAUAUGCUUUUAUGCCUCCAGCACCACCUGUGAGGACAAUGGAGAGUAAACUUGCAGCAGCCAUGCAUUCCAACAGCACAGAUACUAUAAACCCUGCCAAUUUCAUGGCUUCUUCCUCGUUGCCUCUGUCAGCAGAGGAUGCUUUGGCACCACCUACCCUGUCUAAACAAGCAUCCCUUCAGUCUGCCUAUUUCACUCCCUCCAAGUCAGAGAGCCUUCCAGAGCCUCCAGGGAGUGUGCAUCCAAAGCCUUCAUCGGCUCAUCAGUACAGAGCUGAAAAUAACCAGCCCCACCUUUUUCACAGCAAGUCUGAGCAGCAUCCAGGCUAUCCUUCUCUGUCGGAGACCCCCCCUUCCGUGGGAUCCCGAUAUAAUGCAUAUACCGGUCAAGGAAAGAGCGCGUAUGUUCAUUACUCCAAGCCUCGCAGUCGGGUCGAAUAUCUGUCUUCUAUGAGUCCAACAAUGAGGAGCAGUAGCUGUACAGAGGAGGCUCCGCCCUAUCCCACCAUCCGAAGAGUGCAUUCACUGCACGUGUCCACUCCCUCCGCCAUCCGAUCAGUUCCUAUAUCCCGUACUGAGGUGCCUCCUGAUGAUGAGCCCCUUUACUGCCCAAGGCCUCUCUUCCAGUAUAAGCCAUAUCAGUCCCAUGCAGAUUAUCAUGUCACUCAGUUGCAACCUUAUUUUGAGAAUGGCCGGGUUCAUUACCGAUACAGCCCUUACUCAAGUUCAUCCAGCUCUUCUUGUUACACUGCAGGAGAUGGUGGAUUUUAUGACUUGGAUCCUUAUGGUACAAUGAGAGCGAGGCAGUUCCAUCCUCUCCCAGGCAGAGAUUUUGCAUCCUACUCAAGGUUACAGACCAAGAACCUUUAUCGCUGUCCUGGCUUACCACCAUAUUCUCGGGGAGGCCUUGCUGGAAACCUAGCAGGCAAAGAGCAUAGUUUCAUUAGUAGGGAUGUGCCACCUGCCCCUGAUGUCAAACCCAUGUAUGUCUCCUGGGAUUUGGAAGAUAUGGAAAAAUACUGCAUGCAGUCCAUCCGCCGAGAGAGUCGUGCUCGUCAGAAAGUAAAGGGGCCUGUCAUGUCUCAGUAUGACAACAUAGCCCCUUUGUUGCAAGAUGAGGUACGGGCCAUGGACAUUGUUCACUUGCGCAGCAAAUCUGAUCCUGGGAAAACUGGACUCCUCACCGUUGCUGAAGGGAAAGAAGGAAGAUACCCAGGCAAGGGAGGGACACCCGAGGGAGAGGAACGCUACUAUGGACCCCAACCAGAACUUGAUGUUGACAGAGCCCAUUACCAUGGGAGUUAUGGGAAUGGACAGUCAGACAGACCUUUGCUCCCUCAAAAGCAAAGCAGUCUCAGGAGCAGAAAACAGCACGACGUUGGUUGUAAUUCAGUUGAGCACAGAAUGCACCUUGCACAUGAAGUAACCCACAGGCAGCCUCUGGAUUCUAAAAAUGCCCCUCCCUAUCCUGAUUACCGACCAAAGGGCCACCAGUCGGAACCAACAGAAUCCAUGACGUAUCAGCACUCGGGUGGAAAAUAUAUCCCAGCUAGCCAUGAUGUAUUGAGACUGAACCAUAAAGAGGUGAAGCUGGCAGAUGAUAGGCCAGAUGUAGAACGGGCUCGAUCAAGACUACCUGCUGCUACAGCCGAAAAGCACUCCAGAGACUGCUACAAAGAAAGCGAGCAUUAUGGACAGCCUGCAGGGCCACCCCCUAAACCAGAACGGAGCCAUAGCCUCCGGUUCCAGCACUCUGAGAGCACACAGCGGGACGCUGGUCUCCUUUACCCAUACCAAACCCUUGGCAAACGCCAAAGUACUACAACUGUGGUAUCCCAGUAUGAUAAUUUGGAUGAUUACCAUACCAUGCCUCAGCACCAAAGAGGGGGAUAUGCUGGAGGAGGGGGAUUUGUACCUCCCUUUCCUCAUCCACAUAAUAGGACUUACGCCACAGCUUUGGGCCAAGGAGCAUUCCUACCAACAGAGCUUUGCCUACAGAGGCCAGAGACUGAAAUCCACGCAGAGUGAGCUCGGGGGCAGAAGGGAUAGAGUGUAAGCAGCCUCUGCUGGACAGUGGACUGGUUUAUUUUUUCAAUGAUGCACAAACAUGCACACGAACACACAAAGCAACUCCUUCCAUUAGCCCUACUGAGUUUCUGCCUGUGUAGUCCUCAUGCCGCUUAUAGUUUUUAUAUACUAAGUGUAUAAUUUUAUCCCAUUGUUUAAAUGUAGGUUGCAGCAAUCAUACAGGCUUUUGUUAAACUUGAAGACACAACCAGUCUCCAGGAAGAUCAGAAUUAAGGAUGAAGAGACAGGGUUGUACUGUGAAUGAUUCUCAGUUUCCAUAGAUUUCAAAUCAUGGCAUUUCCCUUAGCGGUCACUGUCCUUCAGAGCCACAUGCAUGAUGUAUGUAUUGAUAGGCUAAUCUUCUCCAGGCAAAAGUCCCUUGUAUGUGAUCAUUUAGAGAAAGUUUUAUGGAAUGCCAAGCUUUAGUAAAUAUUUUAACUUGGUCCUUUCAGGUUUUAUGCCUCAAACUCUGGAAAAAAAAAAAAAAGAUUUCGCAUUGUUUGUUCUUCUACCUUUAGUAGUACCACUACUUCUUAAUAUCUUUUUCUCCUAAAUUUUACUUUCAAUAUUUGUCAAGAUCCAAGCCAGUCACAAAUUGGGCGACUGGUAUCAGUAAGAAGGUGGUGUGAUCUCAGGCAUGUUACUUGGUCUACUUUCCCUGAAGAAAUCUGUAAUAAGCUGCUUCAGUUAUUUGAGAAGUUAAGGGUGGGUAGGUAGGGAACCAUUAAUAGGUUAAUAAGCUUUGCUUUCCUGGGCUUAGCAGGUGGUGCCUGUAUUAUCUGAUAAAGGGAAUCUUCCUUAACAUCUUUUCCAUAAUAGAUGUGUAUCUUGCAAAGGCUUCUGAACAAUGGAAUUUCCAGGGAUUUUCUCCUGAGUGAGAGCCAUUGAAAAGCCUGAUGAACAAGAGUGCUAUGCCCUGUUCCUUUCCCCAGUAAUUUCUGGCUAUAGGAGAAUCAUGGUGCAUUUCAUUGUAGGCAUGGAAAUUUAUUUUAACUUGCUGUUAAGUAGCCUUGCACCUAGCCUAACCAACAAUGGUCCAGAAAAUAAUUCCAUAUUUGUGCCUGAUAAUUCAGUUGGUGCUGCUUAUCUGCUGAUCAUGAUAAGCUCAUCAUUAUGAAGUUGUGAAGGUUAGGUACUGCAGACCUAGGAAAAUACCAGUUGGUUUGAUGGAAAGGACAGUAAAUACGUCAUAGUGCAUACACAUCUGUCUUGUAAUGUUUAUAAGGUAGGAAUGGGUACCUGGGAGCCUCCAAGUAUUUGGACUCUAAACGCCCAUCAGUCCCAGCCAACAUGAUGUUGGUAGCAGGUGAUGGAAAAUAGCAGUCUGACAAGAAGUGGGGGACUCCAGGUCCCAUGCUCCCUCAUGCUGUAAGGGAGACCCAUGUGCAGUGCAUGCCGUGUGAUUGUCUCUCAAUUUUUUAAUUUUUUAAUUUCUGUUUUAAGAUGCCUAUUGAAAGG